CACAUACCCUUCGAAUCUCCAAUUAGGCGGUGCUACCACUAUCCAAGCUGGGCAAAGUGCCAGAAGUUACACUCAGAUGGAAUAUUUGACUUUCUUAGAUCGCACGCAAUGGCAUCGGUCUUCGGCACAUUGCUGCCAAAUUCCCGCAGCAUGCCACCGCUAGUGUACGACCUCAAGAAUCUGACAUUUGUUUCAGGCGCCCACCACUUGUGCAACGACCCGGGAUGAAAGGUGAGCGUGCUUGAUAACGUGGAACUGGACUGUUUCUUGUCGCGCACAACUCCCGAAACAAUCCUGCAUGAUGCUAGGUUGAUGGAAAAUGGCGGUGUCGGGGAAUAUUCUGUGGGCAUUCUGCUUCAUCCUGGUGGCAUUGACGUGCUAUCUCCUGCACGUCGAUCGCGCCCUGAAGAAGACACCUAAAGAAGUUGCCGCUGUGACCUGCAAACCGUGGACCGAUGAACUUAUCCGCGAGGCAUAUGAAAAGUAUCGCAGCAAGGACGAUGAUUUCAAGAAGUAUCUGCCGCCAAAACAGGACAGGCGAUAUAUCGUGUUCGGAGGAUCAGGAGUCGUUGGUGGCUGGAUCGUCGAGCAUCUGAUCUUACGGGGUCAAGAUCCCAAUGCCGUCCGAAUCGCAGAUCUCCAAGCACCACGCCGACAGCGCGCCGUCGAACACAAUGUGCCGUAUUUCAAGACCGAUGUAACUGAUGCCCGCUCCGUGGCCAAGGUCUUCGAACAUCCUUGGCCGCAUGAGCACGCCCACUUACCGCUUACCGUGUUCUACACGGUCGCGUUCAUCCACCCGGGCUUGCGCAAGGCAGAUCUCCUCCCGCGGUUCAUGAAGGUCAAUGUCGAGGGUACCCGGAACGCCGUCAAUGCCGCAAAGUCAGCGGGAUGUGACGUCUUCAUUGUGACGUCCUCCGUAUCGAUUGCGAUGAAGCCGGUGAACUUGCUUUUUGCGCCGUGGAAGGAAUACCCUGACAGUUUCGUCCAAUUUUCGGACAAUGCGGAGCCCAACGACAUGGAGGGACCGUUGGAAGACUUUGCCGGCUGCUACGCUUACUCCAAGGCCAGGGCUGAGAAGCUGGUCCGGGAUGCCGACGACAAGAAGUCCGACUUCCGCACAGGCGCUAUCAGACCUGGUCAUGCCAUCUACGGCCACGGCGACGCGAAUCCCAGCAGUGUGGUAUACGACUAUUUGAGGAGAGGCGGUAUGCCAAGCUGGUUGUCCAACGUCGCCUUGCAGGUGGUGUCCGCUCAGAAUGUCUCUCUCGCACAUCUACUGUACGAAGCUCGCAUGCAAUCCCAUGAUCUUGGUGGCAGAGUGUAUGCAGUGACCGACGACAUGAGUCACCCGUUCACAUACGGUGACCUUUACCGCUUCCUCGAAGUCACAGCACAUCCGACAACACCAAUCAAAUUUCCGACCACGGGCGCUGUCCCGAUCGUGAUUAUUUCGCACAUCAUCGAAGCUUACAGUAGCAUUCAGAGACGCUAUCUCCGAUUUCUGCCCGAAGUCCGGGGCGAUCUAGCCAUGCUUCAACCAGCCCUGUUCAACUACUCGACCGUUAAUAUCGUGUACGACGACUCCAAGGCAAGGGAGGAGCUAGGGUAUACCGGGACCGGCACGCUUGAAGGACUCUCUCUCCAUGUCAGAGAUUGGAACGAGGAGGUUGAAGCGAAAUUGGCCGCAGGAAAGACCGAUUCAAAAGUGCAGAAGGAUGUUCAAGAUAUCAAGCUCGUUGAUAACAACGUGCCAGUAGCACCCAUAGGGGUGGCAAGGUAAGUUGGAUGGAGGCUACUGGAACGCUUUGCCACGUCGCCCUCUGGAUGUCCUCUAAUGCUAUCUGAAGCUAUCAGAACUAUGCUGACAGUAUCAAUUUCGUGCUGUUCUGCUCGGUAUUCGCGCUCAUUCUGAUUAAUGUGGUCAUUCUCGUCAGGGUAAGAAACACGAC